GGUACAUGGCGUUACUAGCCUGGUCUUGAUUGUUAAACAAUAGAGAGCGCUAACAAUAACGUUAUUCAAUUGGCUGUGCUAUACCACUGCAGAAGAUUAUUCUAACUUAUCUGUCAACAAAUGUUACUGAUGACGCUUGCAGCUGCAAACUAACAUACGUUGGGGUUCUUUGAUCGCAUUCCGGGGUCCAUUGAUAGCUUUCGACCUCUGAGAUGAUGUUCCUGACUCAGUCGCCCCUGAGAAGCCUCCUUUGGCUUUUCACCAUAGGAUGUGUGGUUGGUGUAUCAGCAUUCAUUAUCUUCAUCUAUGCCCUACACACAUCACAAAAUACUAAUGUUCCUAAAUGGCGCUCGAAAAACACCCCCACCCAUCUUCUCGUCGUCUUAGGCAGCGGCGGGCAUACAGCCGAAAUGUUCUCCAUGUUACGACGGAUAAAGCUCGAUCCGUCCCAGUAUACAUAUCGCACGUACGUUGUGAGCUCGGGGGAUAACUUCAGCGCCACGAAGGCAGUAGAGUUCGAGACCCGAUAUGUCAAUUCCGUCCAGAAAGCAACUGCGGCCGACCGUAGCCCAGCAGAAUCCUACACUAUUGUGACAGUGCCGCGCGCACGUCGCGUACAUCAGUCAUUUCUGACGGCACCUUUUUCAACCCUCAGAUCUUUCUGGGCAUGUCUUCUUGUCUUGCGUGGACAAUAUGCUGACCAAAGGCGGCCUCCUUCAAUGAGCUCGGCGUAUCCGGAUGUGAUUCUUACGAAUGGACCUGCUACGGCGGUUUGCGUUAUACUAGCUGCCAGGCUCCUCCGUCUCUAUAAUUUUAUCAGAGGCUUCGUUCCGUUCAAAAAGGCCUUGGGAGGUGAGAACUUGGCACCGACUGAUCACCAACUCCGUACGAUUUUCAUAGAAUCAUGGGCCCGUGUGACAACUUUGAGUCUGUCGGGUAAGAUACUGUUACCUUUUGCUGACCGUUUCCUCGUUCAAUGGCCUGGACUAGAAGGGAUGAGAGCGUGGAAGGGCAUGAGGAAGACGGAAUACGUGGGCAUGCUUGUGGAUUGAAUAUGGUCCAGGUUAUCCCGAUGUCAACAUUGAUAUUUUUUGAGUGUAUUUUUAUGUACUGUACAGCACGAAAGCCAUUUGUGAAUGAAGC